CCUUGGUACGCAAUUUAACGCAUUAGUAUCUCAGCGUGUGAGAUUGUCCGUGUUGAAGUCUCAGCAAGAAUACGUAAAUAGCGCUGUUACGUUAAAGUAUGACCAUUACUUUUUCUGUAAAUUAUAAUUAAAGUUUGGAGUACCUUGUUGAAAACUCCAAUAACGUCUUUCUUAAAGUCGUAGCAGUGUGCAAUAUCCCGUACAACAAAAAUUCUAUUUGUUAAGAAAUUUUGUAAUUUUUUUACAGACACAUUGGACAAACUCAUCGUUCGUGAAGUUUCAACGUUGUAUUAAUUUUCUCGAUUUCCUACCAAACGUCUUUUUUUCUUUCUUCGUCUGUUUGCAAUAAGAUUACAUGGUCUAUAUGACCCGAAGAAUGGCUAUAUAUGGAUGACUUUAAAUCAUUACUAGAAGCACUCGAUUGCAGUGAGAAAGAGGCAACUGAUGGUUGGGGAAUUGACUUUGUGAACACUCCUGCCUGGACAAAAACACUAAUAAGCUCUGAUUUGACUCCAGAAUUGACAUCAGAAUCGGCAGCUUGGAAGAAUGAGAUACAACGUCAAGACCCUAUUGAUGAGUGCUCAAUAAACAAUUCGUUAACAAGAAUCUUUGGGCCAUACAAAAUGCCAAGUCAACUAAUUCGAGGAAUUGGUAACUAUAAUGAGCUCACAGACUCAACAAUGAAUGUUUUUUGUCGGUUGUUUGCUCCUUUUAACCAGAAUAAGACUAUACAACAACUCAGAACGGGAGCUUUAACAAAGUUAUUUCGGGAACAUAUGCUUUCUUGGGGUCAGGAACAUUUUUUUGAGAAAUCACAAAAUACAGCGGUGUUUUGCUGGUCAAGCUCGUAUAAAAGUGAGCUGAAACGCGCAAGACGAAGUCUCCGACGGCAAAGAAGUAAAAACAGUAUUCAACCUACUUCUCCUGACAAAGCACAUGCCAUUACACCGACAACAGCAUUCUCUCCGGAAGAUGAGAAUUUUACUUCCAUAAGGAGAAAUAAAAGCAUACUUAAUCAGAUAACUCAAAACGAAAAACUUGAUACUGCCAAUUAUCAAGAGAGUGAACAUAAUAAGCAAUUACAAACGGAUUUUGACACACAACGAUCACCUGUGUCUCAUCCUGAAGAAGACGAUCAGAGUGCUAAGGCGAAAACGAAUAGUAAAAAACCGUCAUCAAGUGACUCUAUUCUCAAACAUACUGUUGAUGCAGUGAACGACUUUCUAAGCAACACUAUAUCACUUGCCGAUUCCGCAACUAACGAUGAUGAACAUAAUCUGCAUAUGCAAAAACAAAGUGAGACUUUCCCAACUAAUGCGCGUCCAGAGACAUUGGAUCAGGAUUUGCAUUUACCCGUUCAGAGGCCCGAAGAAAAUGUCAAUGCAGAAUGUAACGUUUCCGUGAAUUCUGACGAUGAUUGGGGUGACUGGAAACAAGCACAGGAUGAUUCAAAUGGAAGUCCGGAACCACAAUCCGUUGACACUCCUAAACAGAAUGAAAAUAAUGGUUUGGGUCGAUCACUUGAUUUUUCCAAUUUUGAUUUAAGUGUCCUUGAAAAGGGCACUUCUUCUCGCAGCGUGUCUGCCGAGCGAACAAUUCCCAACAAUAAUGAAAGUGAAGCGGUUGAUUCCGUUCUCAAACAACUCCCAGAUUUAUCUUAUUUAUUAUGAGACUUAAAAUUUUACGAUACAGCUUAGUCUGUUAAUGAGAUUGCAUUUUCCGGUACGCCAGAACGAGAGUAAAGGAAUUGGCUGAGCCAUUCUAUUACCUUAUACCAUUCUUCCGGAGUGCAAGGCAUUUCUGUCCGGUCCUUUCUAUUCCAGCACACGAAUUUUGUAGAAGAGAAUGUUUGUUGAAGCCGUUUUUUUUCAUACAUAGUACAGACCUGCGCUGUUUGUUUCUCGGCGACAAGUAUGGGAAUAUCUAUCUGCCGUUUAGGUAACGAUAUUGCUAAGGGUAACGAAGAACCAAAACUCAUAACCCCGCCUAGUAACUUGUGCCGUUCUUCAGCAUACUUUUCAGCAAACUUUAAAGCUACCAUUCCUCCUUGCCCAAAACCAAGUAGAAAUAUCCGUCUACUGGGAAUUUCGCAGGAAGAUUCUAUUUUGCUCACUAUAAGUUCCAACAAUUCAAGACUUUUUGAAAAAUCGGCUUCCAUAUCGACAUCACCAUUUUGGUCAAAAUGGACGUCUUCUCCCCACAUCCAGUUUCCUCCAGGAUUAUCUGUUCCCAAUGGAAGCACGUAUGGUGCACGUAGUGAAAUAUAACUUGUCCAAGGAAUAUGGAGCCUGUGUGCCAUAUUUGUGAAACUGAGAUUAGAAUCGCCGAAACCAUGAAGCAAUAGAAUCACAUUGUAAGAUGCCCUACUCUUUCCAAAUAUUACAUCUGCUGUGACAUUGGGCGGUAUGCAUUUCUUAAGCAAAUCCGCGCUCUCCAUUUUUUUAUUAUAGUGAAAGAAACGAAUUAUAACAAUGAGCUUUAAUUUUCACUCGCACCCGAAACAGUUUCUUCUUUGAUUUGUGCUUGUUCUGCGUGCUGAAUAUCCUGUAUGAUUCUCGCAACGGCUUCUGGAUGGACGUUGUUUUCGCAUAAACUGAUACACAACGAAAGUGUGCUUUUAUCAAUAUUUACGCCAAGCAGGUUGCUAAUUUCAUAGAGAAUAUCUAUAGUAUCACUUGCGUUUGCUGGCGAUGUGCUCAUUAAAUACAAUAGUUUCUCUUUUCUUUUUUAAUUUAAGUAUAUUUAGUUAAAGCUAGCGUCAAGGCUGGAUAGGAAACGUUCACUUUCGAAAAAAA